GAUUGUGGUGGAGGCAGCUUGUGCUGGAGGGGGAGAGAACUAGCAAGCAGCGAGUGGAAUAGCUGGGCCAGAGAAAGAAAUCGUUCUGAGAAACCGAACCAAAUACGUGAAUUUAGUUUUGUUGUGCUUUUGAUCACGACUCGGUUGGUUUGUGAAAAGGUUUUCUGUUUCUUCCCCAGUGUGUGUGGCUCUCCAGUCCCCGUUGCUCGUUCUCGUUGGAGUGAACACCAAGGGGGACUCCAUGAAAAAUGAUGGAGGAGGUGACAGUUGUAGCCAAGUGGGACUACACGGCCCAGCAGGACCAGGAACUUGACAUCCGGAAGAAUGAGCGGCUCACCCUGCUGGACGACAGCAAGACGUGGUGGAGGGUGAGGAACGCCUCCAACCAGACAGGCUACGUCCCCUCUAACUAUGUGGAGCGCAAGAACAGCCUGGUGAAGAAGGCAUCGCUGGUCAAGAACCUCAAAGACACACUGGGACUGGGUAAGGGCAGAAGGAAGCAGAGUGCCCGUGAUGCCUCUCCCACACCUAGCACGGAUGCAGAGUACCCCUCCAAUGGGAAUGGGGGAGGAGGAGGAGGCGGUGCCGAACGCAUCUACGACCUCACCAUCCUGGCCGUUGUCAAGUUCUCGUACAUGGCGGAGCGCGAGGAUGAGCUGACCCUAGCCAAGGGGUCCCGGGUCACUGUGAUGGAGAAGUGCAGUGACGGUUGGUGGCGGGGCAGCCAGGGAGGUCGCGUGGGCUGGUUCCCCUCCAACUAUGUCCUGGAGGACCCCGGAGAGAGAGAGGGCGAGGGGGGUGGAGGAGGAAGGGACUCUCCAGGUUAUCCAGGGCAGGGCAGGGGGGCCACGAUGACCAACGGGCGGGCGGGAGGUGGUGGCGGCCGGGAUGUAGAGGGAAGUGGUGCGCUCCAUCUGGUCCAGACUAUUUACCCGUUCAGCUCAGUGACGGAGGAAGAGCUGAACUUUGAGAAGGGAGAGGUGAUGGAGGUUGUGGAGAAACCAGAGAAUGACCCAGAAUGGUGGCGCUGCAGGAACGCCCAAGGCCUGGUGGGCCUAGUGCCUAAGAACUACGUGCUGGUGCUGACUGAUGCUGACGGGCCUCCCGGGCUCCCCGCCCUGCCACAGUCGCCCCCUGGCUCCCCACAGAUCCGCUACCUGGGGCCGGCGAUCGUGGGCAAGUUUGCAGGCAGGGACUGGUACUAUGGAGGGGUGACCAGACACCAGGCAGAACUGGUCCUCAAUGAGAGGGGAAAGGAGGGGGACUUCCUCAUACGGGACAGUGAGUCAUCGCCCAGUGAUUUCUCUGUGUCUCUGAAGGCACCUGGGAAGAACAAGCACUUCAAGGUGCAGUGUUCAGAGGAGGUCUACUGUAUCGGCCAGCGCAGGUUCAGCUCCAUUGAUGAACUGGUGGAACACUACAAGAAAGCCCCCAUCUUCACCAGCCAACACGGAGACAAGCUCUACCUGGUCAAACCUCUGCUGUGACACACAUACAUGAACACAUAUACACACACAGGCACUCAGACAUGCAUAUAUACACAUACACACUCCACCAAAUGCCCAUAUCCCAGCAAUCCUCAACAUGAUGAACUUGGGGAGAUAACUUAGUCUGUUUUAGCCUAGUCACAUUGCUGGUCUUGGUUCUGUUUCCUUUCUUUGGUUAUAAGUUUUCUGUUUGUUUGGAAUUCCCACAUUUUUGUAACUCAUUUAAAACUCUCUCCAGAGGUUCUGAUGAUUUCUAAAGUAAAUAAUGACUUCACUAAGUGACCAUUUGUAAACACCCUCUUGCCUUUUCUCCUCUUCUCUGCCUUCAUCCUCCUCAGAACUGUAGUCAUUUUCUUCCACCUCUACCUCCUCUUCAUCGAGGAGAAGUAGGAGAAAGCGAAAGAGCAAAUUGAAAAGAGUGGAGAGUUUGAAUGUCUGUCAAUGUACAACACGUACUGUAUUGCUCUUCUAUUGGCUCCAGCUCUACACUACACUUUUGGCACAUUUCCAGUCAGGAUUCACCAGUGUUUUACACACAAGGCUCAGACUUUUCUGUUUCCCUCUACUCGGGCCGGCACCCGUGUCUCACUGGGCCGUGGCUCCGGCGGUCCUGCUCUCAUUUGGGGCCAAUAACAGCUGGCAUUUACAUAAAUGGCUAACUGAACUUUAACACCUUCUCACAAAGCAACAGUUUUGAUUAUGCAGAGGUUGUUUAUUCAGUUCUUCACAAAUCUUCAUUGUCAGCCCUAACUAUGGAAACAUCAUUUCCCUAGUAUAACAUUAGGCUGUAUACACUAACUAGUGUAACGCUGGUGUUACAGUCCAAAAGCAGCAUUACUGUUUUGCUAGUCUAUUGGUUCCAGCUUUACGCGACACUUACUGUUCUGAUGUUCUAUUGGCUCCAGCUCUACACUACUUCUAUUUGAUUGUCUCCAGCUCUACACGACACUUACUGUACAUCCUCACUCACUCAUUCCCCGGCCCUAGUGCUGUUUUCCAAUGAAGAUCAGGUCUUCAGGCGUUUUACUCUCAAAGUUAUAUACAGUGCAUUCAGAAAGUAUUCAGACCCCUUGAGUUUUCCACAUUUUGUUACAUUAGUCUUAUUCUAAAAUAUAUUCAAUUAUUUUUUCCCCCUCAUCAAUCUACACACAAUACCCCCAUAAUGACAAAGUCAAAACAGGUUUGUAGACAUUUUUGUAAAUGUAUUAAAUAUAAAAAACUAAAAACUGAAAUCAAGUAUUCAGAUCAGUUACUCAGUAGUUUGUUGAAGCACCGAUUACAGCAUUGAGUCGUCUUGGGUAUGAUGCUACAGGCUUGGCACACCUGAAUUUGGAGAGUUUCUCCCAUUUUUCUCUGCAGAUCCUCUCAAUCUCUGUCAGGUUGGAUGAGGAGCGUUGCUGAACAGCUAUUUUUAGGUCUCUCCAAAGAUGUUCGAUCGGGUUCAAGUCCGGACUCUGGCUGGUUCACUCAAGGACAUUCAGAAACCUGUCCCGAAGCCACACCUGUGUCGUCUUGGCUGUGUGCUUAGGGGUCGUUGUCCUGCUGGAAGGUGAACCUUCGCCCCAGUCUGAGGUCCUGAGCGCUCCGGAGCAGGUUUUCAUCAAGAUCUCUCUGUACUUUGCUCUGUUCAUCUUUCCCUUGAUCAUGACUAGUCUCCCAGUCCCUGCCGCUGAAAAAUAUCCUCACAGCAUGAUGCUGCCACCACCGUGCUUCACCGUAGGGAUGGUGCCAGGUUUUCUCCAGACAUGAUGCUUGGCAUUCAGGCUAUAGAGUUCAAUCUUGGUUUAAUUGGACCAGAGAAUCUUGUUUCUCAUGGUCUGCGAUUCUUUAGGUACCUUUUUGCAAACUCCAUGCUGGCUGUCAUGUGCCUUUUUACCGAGGAGGGUCUGGCCACUCUACUAUAAAAGCUUGAUUGGUGGAGUGCUGCAGACAUGGUUGUCCUUCUGGAAGGUUCUCCCAUCUCCACAGAGGAACUCUGGCGCUUUGUCAGAGGGACCAUCGGGUUCUUGGUCACCUUCAUGACAAAUGCUCUUCUCCCAGAUUCCUCAGUUUGGCCGGGCAGCCAGCUCCAGGAGGAGUCUCUGUGGUUCCAAACUUCUUCUAUUUAAGAGUGAUAGAGGCCACUGUGUUCUUGGGGACAAUCAAUGCUGCAGCAAUAUUUUUGGUACCCUUCCCCAGAUCUGUGCAUCGACACAAUCCUGUCUCAAAGCUCUACGGACAAUUCCUUCGACAUCAUGGCUUUUUUUCCCCCUGACAUGCCCUGUCAACUGUGGGACCACAUAGACAGGUGUGUGCCUUUCCAAAACAUGACCAAUCAAUUGAAUUUACCACAGAUGGACUCCAAUCAAGUUGUUGAAACAUCUCAAGGAUGAUCAAUGGAAACAGGAUGCACCUGAGCUCAAUUUCGAGUCUUGUAGCUGAGGGUCUGAAUACUUGUGUAAAUAAGGUAUUCAUGUUUUUUUAUUUGUAGUACAUUUGCAAACAUUUCUAAAAAAUUGUUUUUGCUUUGUCAUUAUGUGGUAUUGUGUGUAGAUUGAAGAUUUAUAUCUAUUGAAUCAAUUUUAGAAUACGGCUGUAACUGAACAAAAUGUGAAAGUCAAGGGGUCUGAAUUCUUUCUGAAUGCACUGUAUGUGUUUAUGUAGCUGACGGCAGGCACUAAUUCAAGAGUACUUAAACUGUUGUUUUGAUUUGCUCUGUGCGUCUGUUUACCAAUGUAUCGAUCGUGGGGUUCUCAGCUUUUCCUAGUUGAUAUAUCUGAAUGUUAUUGAGCAUUGUUAUUUCAUUCUUGUUCCCACUGUAUGUAUAUAUUCAGAAGAAGAUGAGGUACGCAAUAUGAAUCAUUUCGAUCCAACCUACGGGACUGUGCCGCUAAUGACGUGGUGGAAAUUAUGAUACUUUUGUUCAAUAAAAGUUUUUGCAGAAUAACUCAAAUCUUGGGCUGUGUGGCAGCGUCUACGCUUUCUGCCUCGGAUGUUGUACUGUGUGACAAGUGGUGAUUGCUGCAGGUCUCUGGGGGUGGAUGGAUACAACAUGUUGUUAUUGUUCUCCCCUAUAGUUACCAUCAGAGCCAUGUAUUUACCUAGUUGCCAUUGAGGUUUCUGCAUUAUGAUGCAUUUACACGACACUAUAACAUUCUAUUUCAACCAUGUUGGCGCCCCGUUAACAUUACAUGGGGAAUAUUUAAAUCUUGCUAUGUAACUGCCCACUAAGCAUUAGGCGAUGUCUUCUGGACGUCUAUUUUCUGUCGUCUUGUCUUGACCGGUGGUGGGUUUUUUUUUUGGUGCUGUCCGGACUGGCCUUGAUUUGCCGUCUAUAUUUGGCCUUGAUUUGACCCCCCAAAAAAGACAUCUGUGAUUGGUUCGGAUUGGCCUUGAUUUGACCCAAAUAUAGACGUGUAUGAUUGGUCCAGUAUGGUGUUUGCCUUUCACGCCACGACCCGGGUUUGUCUGUCGCUACAUUGUGUCAGAAAUGGGUUGGCAGCUAUGACCUUAACAUCAUGACUGGUAGCCUAAGCAAUAUGGUGAAAUCUCCUACUAGCCCAGAAUUCCACGGAUCCUCCUUUUAGAUUUGUACUGUAGUGAACAAGUAUAGGCCUACACUUCCCACUUAGCAUAAGGACGUUGAUUCUUGGUCCGGACCAAAUUGGAACUAAUCAUAGACGUCUGUUUGGUUCAGAUUUGGUCCGGUCUGGACCGGCCUUGAUUUCAAUGUCCAUUGUCCACUGUACAGUAAAGCACCGCAGCAGAGUACAGUAAAGAAACAUAGACCACAGAGUACAGUAAAGAAACAGAGUACUGUAUUGUACCCUACUUUACUCUAAUGUACUUUACUGAACUAAACUGUACUGUACGAUACUGUUUUUACUGUACUGUAAUGUACUGUACUCUACUGUAAUCUACUCUACUGAAUAAAACUUGACUGUCCUGUACCAUACUGUACUGUGCUCUACUGUACUAAACUGCUGUACUGUAAUGUGAAGUUCAUUCUUGGGAAACAGCCUAGGCGUCUAUGAUUUGUUCAGAUUUCACUCUGAUUCGCACUGACCAUAUUUGUAUGUGGCGGAGGUCAUUUGAAUAAUACCAGUAUGCUUUACAAGUGUAUGUUUUUCCGUUUACAUUUUGGUGAUUCAGCAGACACUCUAAUCCAGAGCGACUGACAGUCAUUGCGUUCAACUAAGGUAUAUAAACAUAUCACAGUCAUAGCAAGAAGAAUUAUAAAUCUGUAACACUUACUGAGAAUGUCAAUGUAGUUGAAGUGGUCUGAUGGUUUAUUCUGUAGGUUGGACGACUUUGAACAUCAUCGCUGCCAAUUUUAAAGCUUUUGAAAACGCUAACAUAAGUCCAUGUGACAGAUGGGAGCAAUAAUAAAUAUUCUGUUGCACCUCUUCA